AUGGGGAAUAUUCUCUCUUUUCUGAAUGAGCCAUGGCUGUGCUUUGGCUCAUCUCUCUUAGAUAUUGAUACUAAGUACACCCUUCUAGGACAGAGACCUCUGAGAAAAGAAGCUGAGGAGGAGCAGAAGCUGCUUUCUGUGGUGUCAAGCCUCCUGGACAAGCAUCCCAACACUACUCGCUUUCGGAAACUGCUAUGUCCAGACCCCCUCUGUCAGGUGUGUGGCAGGACAGCGGCGGAGGCCAGUCACCUGCUAUCUCAAGCAUCUGUGAAAGUCGCUGCCUCUUCAGGGGAGCUAGAUGUGACGAGCCCGCUCCCUUGUGAGUUAGUAGAGUGUGAGGCCAAGUGGGAAUCCCUUGCCCUCCAUUCUUCCGAGGCCUCUUCUGAAGGUGUUGCUGCAUCCUACCACAUCGAGCCCAGUGACUAUUCUUUGAAAUUUGUCUUCUUCAAUAUAAUCUCCAACGUCUUCACAGCCCACAAAUCCCCAGUGAUCCCUGACCCUAAACUUCUGCCAUUGCCUGAAAUCCAUUCUCAAGUCUUGCCUGAGACCUUGCACCAAGAUCAUCUAGGAGCCCAGGCACAGGCCCAGCUUCAAUCUCUACUCCUCGGCCUGCCAUCUUCUCCUGAACCCCAGAUUAGGGCCUGUGGAGUCUGUUUUCAUGGACUACAGAGUGAGGUACAGCUCCUUACACCAUCUGAAAUUCAUCACCUGGAAUAUAAUAUAUUGCAGAAAAAGCAAGAGAAUGUGUGGGGUUUACCCUCUGUGGUCCAGAGAUCUCAGGAAGACUUUUGUUUUCCAGCUCCAAAACUUCCAUUGGUCAGACAGUAUUCUAAAGCUAAAGUUAUGGUCUCCAUCCUUCCUGGUGAUUUCCCCCUCAACAGUGGCCUGCAGCAAAAACUAGAGCAUCACCUUCGAAAGAGGCUUAUCCAGCAGCACUGGGGCCUGCCCCGCAGGAUCCAGGAGUCUCUGUCACUGAUGAGUCCUAGGAUAGAAACUCCCCAGAGCUCUGAGUCUAAGAUCAGUGAGGGGCUCUCAUGGAUUUCCUCCUUCAAACAUCAGAAGAGCAAACACCCAAACUUUGAAUCGAGCCAACUUGAAAGCUCUGAGAAGAGCAUAGAGAUAUCUCUGCUAGACGAGGAAUGUGAUGAAAAGGAAGAGGGAACAGAGCCGGCAAUCCAAGAGAGGUCUUCCCAGGUCUCUGAGGCUCCGCUGUGCUCUCUGCUGGGCAGUGGCCCUCAGGAUGUGGGCCCAGAUGCAUUAGAGUCUCUGGUGUGCAUGUACAUGAAACACUUUGAGCUUCUGCUGGCUGCAGAGCAGGCCAGCCUGCAAGCCGGCAGCAGGCAGAGCCUGGCCCUCAACCAAAGACCCUGA